AUGCUACUAUUUCAGCCACAAGCAUCAUCUACUGAGCGCUCACGUCAACCUUCGCAUUCGAAAUUGGUGUGCGUCAGUGUGCCCGAGUGGUCUAAGGGGGUAGACUCAAGUUCUACUGUGUUCGCACUCGUGGGUUCUAAUCCCACCGCUGACACGUAG